UGUACAUUCCGUCGAUUGGCUCGAGAGAAGACUAGAGAAACAUCCCGACUGGAUGUAACGUAAGCAUCAUUUUCCUAGUUUUGAGAGGAAGAAGCGAUUUCGGAUAAAAUGCCGUCGCUUUUGUUCUGUGGGCCGAAGUUGGCCGCCUGUGGGAUCGUGUUAAGCAUCUGGGGUGUCGUUAUGCUGUCAAUGUUGGGAAUUUUCUUCAGUGCAAAAUCUGCUGUGCUGAUUGAAGAUGUUCCUUUUACUGAGGAAGACAUCCGUGAUGACAAGAAUCCACCGCAGAACAUUUAUGGACUCUACAACCAAGUUGGCAUCAACUGCUUCAUUGCUGCUGCCAUCUACGUAGGUGUCGGCGCCGUGUCUCUGUGUCAGGUUCGCCUUAACAAGCGCCAGGAGUACAUGGUCACAUAAACCCAAACUUUUUCAAAUUCAGCAGCAAUUGUUCAUAAUUAUUUAUUAUUAAAAGACUUCUCAGUGAUCUUGGAGGACAGUCUGUUCUGUUACAUUGUCUUAAAUGGCUAUAUUUGGCAGUUCAUCUUCAGGUCAAAAUCUAAACACUAGAUAUAUUGAUAGCGUAAUGAAUACAAGUUUAAAUAAUCAUGUAAAAAAAGUAUAUAUAUAUGCACGGAUACAAGCAUGUUAAGUGUUACAUUUUUUUUUUCAGAAAUAUUCAGAUAUUUGGCUCCACAUUCCCUAUGAUAUAAAUAAAAAAACAAGCAGAAGGUCUUUAAUAGUUGUCUUCUGAUGAAUAACCUAAAAGACACUGAGUCCAUAUGAUAGUUGAUGAUGUUCAUGUAGAAUGUGUGAAUGUUCGAUUUUUUUAUUAUUAUUUAAAUAUUUAAAAAUUUGUGUGGUAAUAUAAAUGUCUGAUUUUAUUGAAGUACACCCUGCAACCUUUGUGCUGUACACUUGAUAUUAUCACAUUUGUGAUGAACAACGUAAGAUAUGUUUAUAGAGAGUCUUAUGUUCCCUUCAAUAAAAUUCUAGUGAAAAAAAAAA